AUGGCUAAUGUCAAUAGAAAGAAGACGUAUGCCAUCAUUCGUGCAGUAUACAAUCAUAGCCACUCUCCUGAAGACUUUGAACGUGAAUUGGAUUUUGUACUAAGCCGUAAAGUAUGUAUGGUCAUUAUUGAACCAGAAUCUCUCGGUGAUGUAACGUGGCGAUGGAUUCGUACGGGAAACUGGUUACAUAAAACAGCUGUUAUAUCAGGAAUAGCUGCUGUGACUACAGCCGGUGUUGGCUUGAUGUGGAACUCCACAUUUUCUAAAAUAUACUUACCGUUAGACCUCGGUACUGGUUGGGUUCCCACUGUUCGGACAAUCACACCCAGUGUUAUUCGGUUUAUUACAACUACAUUGAGUGCGAUUAGUGCCUCUGCUGCAGGGUUGUAUGCAUUGUUUUGGCAAUGGGAUCCAUGCUGUAAGUAUCAAGCGGCACAAUCUCUAGCAUCUUUGCCCGUUGGAACAGCUUCCUUUGUAACAAGUAGUAAUCAUGCCUUGACGAAUUCACAUCCAGGGGAUAAUUCCUCAGGCAGUGGAAUGAGCAACGGUGAAAGCCCUAAUUGUUCUUUGGAAAUAAGUCGGGCAAGCAAUGGAAAGCGUGCUCGAGCUAUCAUUGCAGAGAAUCAUUCCAAUUCAAACAGUCCUCCAUUACGUCCAGUCGUUUUAGUUCAUCGAGAUGAUGGAAGACGAAAAGUACUGCAUAAUACCGUCUCUCUAACUUCUACUCUAGUCGCUUGUUAUAUUCUUUUUAAAUGGUCUAGACAUUGA